GGCGCGGCUUAGCAUGGCGACACCGGCGGUGGCGGCACUCUGGCAGCACCCGUUCGUGGACGUGUUCAAGUAUGCGGUGACUGUGCGCAUGGAAACUAUGACCCGUGGCGACGUCGAGCAGCUCGUGGACAAACUCAUUCGGAAGAACGUGUACCGAUUGCGGGGCAAGAUCGCCGCAUCCAACUACUUGCGCAUCCCCAAGGACAUCCAUACAUUGCCAAGUAUGCAUCUCACCGGUCGAUUCGUGUACAUGGAGCUGCGACGGAUGCAAUCGAAUUCCGUCACGUUUCACUUUGAAGUCAGUACCAAGAAGAAGACGACGCUUCGGUUGACGUUCAGCACCAUGUACUCGAACGUUCGAAGCAUGGGGAUUAACUUGCGCGUGCCACUUACGCUCACUGACAAGUGGACAGUCGUCGCCUUGGAUAUGUUGCAGCUACUGGAUUUGCAUACAUCUGCGUCGUACAACCGCGAAGGUUUUGAUGCUUUAAAGACCAUUGUGUUGUGCUCGUCCAUGUAUGUGCGGGGUGUAUACACGUCGGACAUCCUGUACAUCCCGGAGACUUUGCCCAAAGCAAUGAAGUUUCCGCUGGUAAAGCCAAUGGAAGGCGGAGUGCAAACUACCAACACCUGGGAUGCCACUUACGAUUGGCGAUGGCUGCCCCAGUUACCAUGCGAACCAACUUCUAAUGCCAAGUCAUCCCUGAGCAUCAACCACUCCCACGAUAUUCGUGACUGUGUGCGGUCUCCAUCGCGUACAUGUGACUCUCCCGAAAGCAAAGGUCCCUCCCCGCCUGCAAAAUCCCCUCGUUGCUCUCCGACCAACCGUCCGAAACUUACGUUCAAUCCUACGACAGCCGACGACAACGAGGCGCAAUUAGAAGCGUCUCGCGCUAGAGUGCUGGACAAAGCGGAUAUGAUUCUCAAGAAAGCUGGCAUCCAUCGCACGUCGCCACCCAAAUCAUACGUCAAAGCCAAGUACGAACCUUCUGGCGUGUAUACCCCCACCAAAUACGGUAAUCAUGCGGGUUUUCGCGCUGCCAACCCAGUUGUGUGGCCGUCACCGGCGCUCACACUGCGCCGCGUCAUCGGGUACUCUGUCUUACAUCGCCGAGCACUGGCAUGGGCGUCGGCUUCGUCCAUGUUCUUCUAUGCGAGUGAGUCGACUGUGAUCGUCGGCCGCCGGGAUGGGCAACCGAGCCUUCCAUCAAGCUCCAGUACAACUUCCCCAGUCGCGAUUGCACAAGAAUUUCUCCUGGGGCACACUGAUAACGUCACAGCACUCGCGUACUCGCCAACGGCAAGCCUUCUCGUGUCUGCCCAAGGAGGACUGUCCCCUCGCGUUCGGAUUUGGCUCCUUACACCCAAAGGUCAUUGUAUCGCGUCAGUGAAAGCCCACGCGCAAGGUGUCGACGCACUUUCAUUCUCUCGAAAUGGGACGCAACUGUGUGGUGUUGGUAAGGAUUACAAGCGACGCACCCAAAUCUUGGUUUGGGACGUCGCCACACCGACACAGCCGGUGCUCGUGGCCAAGCAGCUGUGCGACUACUCCAUUGCCAACAUGAAGUUCUCUCCGCAUGAACAUGAUCGCCUCGUGUCAUGUGGUCGUGAAAGUAUUCGAUUCUGGCGCGUCAAGGCAGGCCAUUUACCCGGUUGCCCCGUCAUCCUGCACGAGUACGCGCGGGACACGUGGUUUACUGACCUCGACUUUGAUCCCGUCGUGAUGGGCAAUCAGCCCAACCGACCGCUAUACGUGGCAUCGUCCCACGGCACCGUCCUCGUCAUCGAUUACGACUCGAUGGCCCUUACCUGCGUGUACAAGUUGCACAAUGGUCCGAUCCACUGCCUCCGUGUCAAUGAAGGGUUUUGCGUGACGGGAUCUGAAGAUGGCUAUAUUCGCGUGUGGCCGCUGGAUUUUUCCGACUUUUACUUAGAGGCUGCCCAUGAAGCUCCCGUGGCGUGCCUCGAUCUGUCCGUCGAUGGUCUCCACGCCCUCAUAGGUUGUGAAAAUGGCACCAUCGGAGUGCUUGAGAUUGGCACGCAGCGGUACACUUCUGUUGUCCGAGCCCACACAAGUUCCAUCACGGCCAUCACGUUGUCGCCUCGAUCCGAUUCGUUCGUAUCCACGUCGAAAGAUGGAACGAUUCGUAUGUGGGAUAUCGCGACCGGCACUCAAACGUAUGAAUUUCAAAUGCAGGACGACAUGGCAGCGACAGCGAUUGCGUACCAUCCGCGCAAGGACGUUCUGGCGGUCGGGUUUGCGUCUGGGAUGCUGCGACUAUUCGACAUCCCGACGAUGCAAGUCCAAGAAACGUACCAGCAACAUCGGGGGCGCGUGGCGAGUAUCGUGUACGGACGGUCGGCGUGUUACUCGACUGGAGCAGACGACCAGCAGCUCUGCUGCUACCAAGCGCAUGCGACGACAGUACACAUGGUGAACUGUUCGUUUCCUACGAAUGCGCCGGACAAGGGACGUCUCGCCCUGCACAUGGGACUCAAACUUUUGGCCGUUGUGGGCAAAGAUGCGUCCGUCGUUGAGCUGCGAGAUAUGUACACGCUGCGAGUCGUGCGGCUCGCCCAGGGCAAACACCAGCCGCUGCGGCUGCUCGGGUUCGUUGAAGCUCAAGUUGUCGCGCUUGAAACAACUUCCCAGCGUGUGGUUUUCUUCUGCGCUGCCACUGGCUCCGUGCACCAAACAUUUCCAGCUCUGUGCAGUGGUGGUCCGAUGGGGGAUGUUGCAUUUACGGCAACGGGUCGUUAUGCCUUCACAGGGCGGAUUGACCAGCCCCAUCUUCACGCUGUGAUGCUGGAAACAUCCACUCAGCUCCGCGCUGUCCAACUUUUUCCUGGGCAAGCGUCCGGUGUCGCCCAAGUUGGCUUGUGCGCAGACGGGCAGACUCUUGUGAGUUGUGGUGCAGGCUCGGCCGUCUACGUGUGGUCUUUUCACGGUCCAGCACCCGAUCAAGAAGCAGGCGGAGCACAAAUCCAGGAACACAACGUCGGUGACAACAAUUUGCGCGACGAAGCAUCCAGUGACGAUGAUACUGCUUUCUACGACCUACCCCAGCCAGUUGUGGACAAUAAUGACAACAGCGAUGACACUGUCGAUAGCGACGAAGUGCCCAAUCUCCAUGUGCCAACGCCCAUGCAGCCACCGAUCAAGGAGCGCGAGGUGCUCCAGCCUGUGACGCGUUCGAUGGAGUGUUUGCACCACCACACUGUGGGUUGGAACAUGCCUCGACACCACCGACCAGCCGCCGCACCACCAGUGAUUGUGUGGUCAUCGGUGACUGGACACAUCGUGGCCGCGGCCGGCUCGACGCUCUUGAUCGAGUCUCCGCUCGAGAAAAAGCAAACCACUGUUCAACACCACAAAUCUGACGUGAUCGGGCUUUGUAUGUCGCAUGAUGAAGCGUUCGUGGCGAGCUUCGACCUCGAUUCUGUCGUGAUUUGGCGAAUUGACCCAUGGGAAUUGAUCGUAGCAUUCUCGUGGCCCGCAGACUCCAUGUCGAACUUCGUCGUGUGGCGUCCGGAUGGUUUGCAUGUCCUUGGGGUGGCAACGAAACCUGGCGAGACGACGUUGCUUUUGUGGAAUGUCCAGGAAAGCGCUUUGGUGGCGCGUGUCACUACUCAAGUGACCAUCGGACAAGUUGUUUGGGCCAUGCCGCCAUUGAACGAGUACGACACUAUCCAAGGUCGAGAGAUCUUGUUCUUCACGAGCGUACCGCUUCAAGGGUGGGUCGUGUCCUCGAGCGUUCUCGAGCCCGUGAGCUUCUCGCACGCGAACGCUGUCUCCCUGGUACAAACAUCUUCCGAACUGCCUCAUUGCGUCCUGCUCUACUCGGCCUCGGAUCAUACUGUGUCGUUCUUUGACGUGCGCAGUCAAACUAUCACAGGGGCUGUCUCGACAUUGCGCCGACGCCAUGUGGUGCGGCAUAUGCACUGGGUGCACCCGUACUUGAUUGUUGCAACCGACACUGCGCCGUGCUUGUGGGUGUACGUGGUGCACCUAGAUUCUUUCACGCUGUCACUGCACACGUCCAGGACGCCCGACGACUUGGAGAUUCACACCGUUCGUCUGGAUCAUGCGAUCGCAUUCAUGUCGUGGAACGAUCGCGCUCAAGGACUUGUGCAAACGACGAAUGGAUCGCUGUGGUUUGUCGAAGCGGAGUCGCAUACCAAGCAAUUGCUUCGGCGAAUUCACGACAGUGCGGUUGAGUGCAUCCAGUCGUCGUCCACUCACGUCGUGACGUUGUCUGGUGGCCACACGAUUCGUUUGUGGUCGACGGCGUCCCUGGACCAAGUCGCUGCUGUCACCACACCCGAUGGGGGCAUUUGCGUGGACGUGAAUGCAGCAUGGUGUGUCGUCGGAUUUCAAGAUGGGUCAUUUCGAGUGUACGAUAUCCAUUUGACUCUGGUGUAUGCUUCAAGAGGAGACGAGUUUACUCGCACCACAGCUACGCCAUCUUCAUCCCCCAAAAGCCCCCGACGAAACACGACCCCUACGCUGCCGCCCCCCAUUCAACACUUGCUCCUUCUUGAUGAUUCCGCAAGUGUCCUGGUCGCAUCCGCAUCCGGCCGUUGUGUCAUGUUCAAUGUCCCGACAAAGCACGUACAACCCAUCAACCUUCCGUUUGGAGGCGCGACCUCCAUCCCUGUCCCGCCAAACGCGCUGGCAUCCCAAAUAAAAAUCCACGGGUCAUUGGUGUCUCUGCAAAGCGGUGGGCUCUCCACGUGGCUGGCCGUUUGGCAGUCGGCCGCCAGUGACAAGUGUUAUGCCAAUGUGUUUACAAAUGUAACCACAACCCAAGACGCAUGGGAAUUGGUAGGGGCGAGUCGACCGUACGCCGCCAGUACCAUUUUUUGCAGCGCCGCAUUGUCGACGACAUUAGUGCUGUACAGUGCCCGCGGCGCGGUCGAGGGACGGUGCUUCGUCCAACGCCAGGUAUUGUUUCGCAUGAAUGUCGACGUCGUACCGACUAUGAUGCAAGUGCACGGCCACCAUGUUUUAUGCCGCGGCAAAUCGCACGACAACACUGACAACCACAAUAUGGUUUACGUGCUCGACGUGGCAAACGAAUCGAUUCAUCAGGCGAUGUCGCGGCACGACCAUUCUGUGAUGCUGCUGGAGGAUGCCGCACUGGUGGCUGUAUCUGGACAAUUUGUGGUGGUGUGCCAGGGGAAUCGGAUCGCAAAAGUGGAGCUGGUCGUUGGUACAACGGAGUUGCCGCGACCAAGCCGUGUCGUAGGAAGCGUGCAGCUAGAUUAACAACUUUACGAGAAAGGUGCGGAA